AUGAAUGAUAACAAAGGUGAAUGGGUCAUCCUAAAACGGCUUUCACCAGGAUGAUGCGUGGUUCCAGAAUGCGAAUCCAAAAACAGCAGUGUCUAUUCAACUCCUUGGCUAGAAGGUGCUUUGCCACAACAUGGGAUCGAUGCACGAUGUCGUCGCCGAGUGCCAGUGGAUGACCAGCUUCCCUGCAGUGAGGGGACUGCUUUUUCUGAGGAGUUGCUGCCAUGUGACAACUGGCUGUAUGAAGCCAAUAAUACUAUAGUUGCAGAGUUCAACUUGGCGUGUCAAGAAUGGAAGCGCACCCUCGUGGGGACAAUACACAACAUUGGCAUGUUGGUAUCGCUGCCCAUUAUUGGAUAUAUCUCAGAUCGUUGGGGCCGUAAGCGGGCUCUCAUAUUGAGCUGUACGCUUGUUGGAGCCAUAGGUUCACUGAAGGCAUUCUCCAUAUCCUACGAGAUGUACAUCAUCGUGGAAUUUCUCGAGACCGUUGCUGGAGCCAGUGCUUUUCCUGCUGCUUAUAUUUUAACAAUCGAACUCCUAGGCCAAGAUAAGCGAGUUCUCACAACAGCGUUUCUGGGUAUUAUGUUGGUAUUAGGAGGUCUCAGUUAUGCUAUCCUUUCCAAAACCUUCCAGUACUGGCGAACCUUUAUCUUAGUAGCAUACCCUCCAUCCCUCCUCUUCAUACUCUAUAUUUACCUCUUACCUGAGAGCAUCAGAUGGUUGUUGUCUAAAGGGCGGAAAGAAGAAGCUGUGGAAAUAAUCUUGAAAGCUGCAAAGAUGAACAAAGUGACAUUAUCAGAUGAAACAAUGAAACAGUUGACAGAAAGUAAGGUGAAGCCUACAGACGAAAAGAAAGUAGAAGAGAUAGAGGAAGAGGGACUGUGGAUGCAGGUGUUUAGAUCACCGAUAAUAAUGAAGAGAUUGGCAAUCUGUUCCUGGUGGUGGAUUACUUGUACGUUUGUAUUUUACGGCCUGGCUAUAAACUCUGUGUCGCUGGCUGGUGAUAAGUAUACCAAUUAUAUGCUGGUGGUAUCCGUGGAGGUGAUAGCAGUCGUCACCAACGCGUUGGUGCUGGAUCGUAUUGGGAGGAAGAGAACGUUGCUGGUCGCGUAUACCGUCUGCGGUAUAGCCUGCAUUGCUAUUCCGUUUGUUCCGACUUCUGUGUCAUGGUUGGCAACAACGCUGUACCUGGUGGGUAAGGUAGCCAUCACGCAAGCUUUCAGCGGAAUUUACAUGUAUACGUCAGAGUUGUUCCCUACUCAUGCGCGUCAUUCGCUUCUUGGCGCCUGUUCUAUGGUGGGGAGGAUUGGUUCCAUCGUCGCUCCGCAGAUGCCGCUCUUGGCAAUUUAUAUAACCUGGCUACCCUCAGUGCUGUUCGGCUCGACAGCCCUGAUCGCUGGAGUCCUCAUGCUCACCACUCCAGAGACCCUCAACACCCGCCUGCCGGACACGAUCCAGGAGGCGGAGCAGCUCGCGCGGAAAGGGCCUCAACCCUCUCCGACGAAACAAGACGAGAUACAGAUGAACAGCAGGAUAUGA